GAGAAGCGAGAGGAAUAUCUUUAUGAUUUAUGAUGAAAAUAAAUGGUGCCUGCCACGUGCAAAGAUCUACACUUACAAUAUUGACUGUUAUUCUAUUCUACAUAACAAUGAAUCCAUCAAUGAAAGCUAGGAAUAUCCUUGCGAAAUUCCAUUUACAUAUUUCUUCUCUAGUAUGAAGCGAAAAAAAUUGUAGCAAAUUCUGUCAGCUGAUUUUCCGGAUUCCAUUGCGAAUCUCAUCGAACCGGAAAAUUCGAUUUGUUUCAAACGUUUUCGAAUCAAACUUCUGAUCUUCAACCGACAUUAUAUGUUCACCUGCGGAGCUCAUUGUUUUCCUGUCAAGUCAAUUUCUACAACUUUAAUAUCCCGCUAACUGAGUGUGCGUGAAAUCUAAAUACGAGCACUGGAGACUGAAAUGUAUAACAACUAUCACAAACCGAGUACAUUACAUCUGGUUAUGUGAUAUCUUCUCAGCGUGACCAUAAAAAUUUGAUUUGACGUGAGAUCAAUUUUUUCUUUCUACCGUUUUAGUGAUCCAUCGUCCUCUUUGAUCAUUUCUGACAAAAGAGGAAGAGUCAGAAGGGGAUGAUGACGAUCAUGAGGAAACAACAACGCCGUUAACAGACAAACCGACAGAGCCGAGUAUCAACACGAACGACAGCGAUUCCGAAGCAGAUGCCGACGAGCCUUAUGAACUACCACGUGACGAUACCGAAAUGUUGUCAUCCGGCGAUGAAGUCGAAGAUGUUAACGAACAGGCAUCAUUGUCCUCUUUCGAUGUUGAAAAAAUCGGCAAUCUUCUUCAACGAUGUCGUAUAUGA